AUGGCAAUGGAGUACGAUAUGUUCAGCAUCCCAGGCUACCUCCCUGGUGAAGCCAAAAACUUCCCUCAUAAGAGCAUACGAGGCAGCAAAGGCGAAGGCCUCCUUCGAUAUGGCGGUCCUCAAGUUGACGUUGCCCCGUUGAGGGAAGGCAUCACGUUUCCAUUCUCCGGACGGACGGCCAAGAACAGGUUCCUCAAAGCACCUAUGACCGAACGACUAUGCAAGUGGAAUAAGGAGGGCGAGGAUAUCAGUGCUCGCGGGUAUCCUUCGGAGGAGUAUAAGCGUCUCAACCCCAUCCUCUGUGAUGACCACGACAACCGCGUCGAGGCCUUCCGCGAGGUCUCGGAUCUGGCAAAGAAGAACGGCACAGUAUUCAUUGCUCAGCUCUCCCACCCUGGCCGGCAAGGCGGUGCUGCCCUGAAUCCGAACCCUGUCAGUGCUAGUGACGUCCAGUUGAAGAUUGAAUGGGCUGGAAACAAGUUCAACCAGCCAAGAGCACUUACCGUCCCAGAAAUCAAGGACCUCGUCAAGCAUUGGGGUGAGGUGGCGUACCUAUGCUACAAAGCCGGUUUCGAUGGCGUUCAGAUACAUUGCGCCCACGGCUACCUCUUAGCCCAGUUCCUCUCCCUGACCACGAACAAACGCACCGACGAAUACGGCGGCGACCUCGACAACCGCUCUCGCAUCAUCUUCGAAAUCAUCGAAGAGAUCCAACGCCGCGUCUCCGACCCCAGCUUCAUCAUCUGCGUCAAAAUGAACUCGGUCGAGUUCCAACCCGGCGGACAGACACCAGACGACUGCAUGAACCUGUGUAUCAAAAUGGAGCAAGCGCGUGUAGAUUUCGUUGAUCUCUCCGGCGGGACGUUUGAGGGCAGGGCGUUUGAGCAUAAGAAGGAGAGCACGAAGAAGCGGGAGAGCUAUUUUAUUGAGUUUGCGGAGUUGAUCAGGCCGCAUUUGAAGAAGACGAAGGUUUAUGUGACCGGUGGAUUUAGGACGGCGAGUGGGAUGGUGCAGGCGGUGAGGGAUGGGGCGUGUGAUGGGGUGGGACUGGGGAGGCCGUUGGGGAUGGAGCCGUAUUUGUGCAAGGAGAUUUUGGAGGGGAGGGUGACUGGUUCGAUCGAGAACUACAUCCCCAUGCCCCAAAACACCCAAGCAACCGGCACGCAAAUCCACCAGAUCGGCAAAGGUGACGAGAUGAUCAGCGAUUGGAGCGACGGCGAGGAGAUCAAGCGCUUCAUCAAGGCUCUAGAAGAGGAGACGGAACGGAAGAAGUCGGUUUUGCCAAAGGUCGACAGCUCUGGUUAUCCGCCGUUCAAGGCUGCGGUUGGAUUUGCUUAUGCGAGAUAG